UCUGACCGGCGUGCGGCGCUCUGGAGCGCCGGCUCCGCGACCCGUCCUGACACGGCCGCCGCCCGGCUGCUAUGACGCUUGCCCCAAGGUCGCGCAGAUCAAUGCCUCGCCCGGCGAGCAGCGUCAGAAAUCACCGGACAUGGAGUGGGCACAGCAUCAGCACUGGCUGCCUAUUGGGCGAAGCACAAUCAAAUAUCACGUGAUCCAUGAGGUGCCCGAGAACCCAGCGCAGGAGCCAAACGGAGAGAGACAUGGCGCGCCAUCCCCUGACAGUCCAGGUGAAAUAGAGCACACCACUUCCCUUAAACAGCUCCCGGAAGCGGCCUCCGAAGCAUGCGCCAAGAAACCAGCCGACCACUGGACCUGCUGUGACCCAUCGCAAGCUGGACUGCUCUUAGCCUUCGGCUCAGGGUUUUUCGGCGCCACCUGCUUACUCCUCAUCCAGUUGCUAGACCACUUUGACCCGGCCGAACUGGCGGCAUUCCGUUUCGUCGGCUUCUUCGUGCCGAGCCUGGUGGCGGCGUUGCGUUCGGGGCAUGACCUGUUCCCUGCGGGUCGGCGCUGCCUGCUACUCCUGCGCGCCCUGCUUGGCACCGCCGGCAUUGUCUUCAAGUUCUACGCCCUGCGACACAUGUCGUUGGCGGACGCCAGCGUCAUCCUCGUCAGCGUGCCGGUGUUCGUGGCCAUGUUCGCGCGCUGCUUCCUGCGCGAGCCGUGCGGCUGGCUGCACGUGGCCACGAUCGGGGUCACGAUGGUCGGCAUGGUGCUGAUCGUGCGGCCGCCGGUGCUGUUCGGCACCGACACGUCGCAGACGGAUGUCAGCAUCCUCGGCGCGGCGCUGGCCCUCACAGGCGCGCUGUUAAUCGCCAGCAAGUACGUGGUGGUACGCAUGCUGAAGGGCGUGCCACCGACCGUCAUCAUGACCUGCUUCUCGGGCGUGGCGACGCCGCUGGUGUUUGGCUUGUGCCUGGCAGUGGCACAGCUCAAGAUACCGCGCUCGCUGCCCGAGGCGGCCAUGCUUCUGACGUUCGUCGCCUCCAGCUUUCUGAGUCAGCUGUGCCUGACGUGCGCUUCCCUCGCCGAAGAGGCCGGUCUCGUGGCCACUGUACGUACCGUUUGCGAGGUGGUUUUCGCCGUCUGCUGGCAGUUUGUGCUGUUUGCUAAGGUGCCCGGCCCACUGACGGCCACCGGCAUGGUGCUCGUCAUCACUUCGGUAGUGCUCGUCGGGCUGAAGAAGUGGGUGGCCUCGCUGACCGAGGAGUCCAGCGUGCGCCAGCGGCUGUCCUGGCUCGUGUAGCCAAUGCCCUUAUGGGAACAGAAUGUGGGAAUUUGGUUAGGUAGAUUGCAGAACGCACAAAAUAUGGAAAGCUGACAUUGAAAGAUAUAACAUAAAGAUUGCGCGCUGAUCUUUGUGAGCAUAGCUUUGCGUUUGUGUUGAUUGCUUUUGCACACGUUUCUUUGCUUUUACGCUAAGCGGGCUUCAGCCCGUCCCAAAAACCCACAAGCUAUCUUGAGAAUCAGGCACAUGCAUGAUCAGGAAUGACGACACCAAGUGUGUGGCCGGCAGCUGUCGCUGCCGGGCGGUACUAAGUUGUAAUCGACACCUGCGGUAGCAUGUUGCGUGUGAUUAGUGUCGUGUGCGCCGCGCUGCGUAGGGCAUGCAACGGAAUUCCUCGUGAGUGGCUUGGAAAGGCAAGACUCUGCCCCUUUGGCUAACUGACAAGUCGCGGUAAUGAAUACGUGGUGCUAUACUCAGCGACGAAAAUGUUUUUUGCAAAAGCAUAUAAAUUUUCGCCAUGUGCGUAUUUGACACGUGUUUCGGAUAAUCAGCGCAAGACGCAAGGGUCAUCAAAAACGUGCGUAUGACACACAUCACUCAGCGAGUGUUUCCUCCCUUGCUACUUUGUGCGCAUCUUCAUGGCUGAAAUGAUCAAUUGCGAGCAGCCUCGUUAGAAUACGCCCAUAUUGAUCACAAUGAACAGGGAUGUACCAAAAAUGUUCGAUACCAAAACAAAUGUUUGAUGUCUGCAUGUUCUUAUUAUGGCAAUAGCCGUGUUCACAAAGAAUUACUUGCACAUUUUUUGAAACAUCUGUUGGAAUAUUUUGGCGUUUUUUCUAACCAAACUGCUUUUCCAAGGCGUUUUGGCUAAAAAUGUGUUGCAGAGAUUCCACAUGUUUCUAUGGACGCAUAAUUUGAUAUAAGUGCGAUUAGCUUGUUAGAAAAGAGAUCGUGCCCUUAUGAGAAGGCAUGAUGCCAGAUCUCUUCACACCGAAACUUCUCAAAACAUUAAAAAAAAAACAUUCGGUGGCAUCUCUGACGCAGACACGAUAACACAAACUCCUAUAGCAUUGUAUCGUCCUUGUUCGCAGGUAAACAGUGCUUAUAGGACUUGCUUACAGUACUUAAAGAGCUUGCUUACAGUAUUUACAGAGCUUGCUCGCAGUGCGUAAAGGGCUUACAGAGCUCACGUACCUUAACAUGACUCAAGAUGAAUAUCCCUAAAUGAAAUGAUCCUCAAAGCCCGCCUUGCUCCUCAUAGCACCAAUAACAAUAAUGAUGCGGCAGCCGAUAUCCAACGCCUUUAACCGAUUCAGAUUACUGAUUUCCAGGUCUAGGAUUUUCCAAGAAUUCGGGUGAACUUAAGGCAUGGGCUGCACACAGGUUUGUAAAGAGUGUUGUCUGAUAUGAAAAUGAUUAUUCCUAACUGGCCGCAUGUGGUUUACCUACUACAUGUUAACGGAAUCGCUUGCAAAAAACAUUUUUCUUGCCAGAGUUUACGGUGGCUACUAAAACUUAAAAGAAACAUUAAAAACUCCUUAACAACCUUCCAGUGCAUUAAUCCAUCGUGAAAACGGCUUAUGUCGGUAUGGUGGUGAUGUAUGAUGGUGUAUCUUGACGGUGAUAUGUGCUGGAUUGCCUUGGUGGUGACACAUGGUGAUAUUUAUGGGUGAUAGUAC